AUGCCAACCGUCACUGAAUAUUUUGGCAUUGGAUUCGUUAACAACGGUCCACUAACGACUACAUACACGCCCCCCGCAAGCUGUGCAACAGGAACAACAGAUCAGAUUAUCUUCGCUGAUACGAGCACUAUAUACCUCUCAUUUGGAGAGGCGAAUUGUACAGCUGUACCCCUAGGAAGUUGCCUCCCGUCAAACUCUUCAUAUGAUAAGCUAAACAGCGAGUGGCGCCAGAACGGAGGUCAAGGCACCAUUGAUUAUUUCUCUCCUGGCAUACACUGUCCAAAGGGCUGGACUACAGCUGCUACGUUUGCGCAUGGCGACAAAACAGGUUCCCCAAAGAAGGGAGGGGCCUUUACGCAAACAACGAGCUCAGAUCCAGGCGAAACGGCAACAGUUAAUAAUCCAUUCAUGCCGAUUGAACAGAUAUGGCUUAAUGCACUGGAUCCUUCCGAGACCCUCGCGUAUUGCUGUCCGAGCGGCUGGACUGCCAGGAAAAGAGGUGGUUGCUACUCAUUCAUCGAGCCCUUGAUAUCAGCCACGACAUACUCUGAGAUGUGCAACAUACAAACAAGUGUGGACUCUAUACAUGAAGUCUUCACCGUCGAAGGGAGCAGCCUAUCGCAGUACAUGUAUUCCAUGGAAACAGGUACCCGCUCUACGGCAACCACAACAUUGUCAGAACUACGAGAAGUCUUGGGAACUAGUUCCGAUUAUGAUUAUUUAUCGAUUGCGGUUGUUAGGUACUUUCCUGCUGUCAAGCUUGUUUACAAGGAGUCGGAUUUAAAGUCGACUGGGGAUGGAGGUGGGGAUAACGAUAAGGAAAAGGCAGAUGAUGAUGAGGAUGAGGAUGAUGAUAAUGGAGCUUCCAGUUUGUUGAGAAGUGGUGGACUUUUCUCGAUUAUUGCGGUGCUGUUUAACAUGCUUAUUGGCGCUGGUUUGGUAAUGUUUUAG